ACCGCACGCACUCUUCCUCUUCCGGUUGGGAUUCCGUACGUGUGGAAGCUGCGAUAACCCAAAAAUGGCCAAGUCGAAGAACCACACCACCCAUAACCAGUCUCGCAAGGCUCACAGAAAUGGCAUCAAGAAGCCAAGGACUCACCGAUACGAGUCUCUAAAAGGGGUUGACCCCAAAUUCUUGAGGAACAUGAGGUUUGCCAAGAAACACAACAAGAAAGGACUGAAGAAGGUGAGGGCGGCAGCGGCGGCAGCAGCGGCGGCGGCGGCAGCAGCAACAACAGCAGCAGAGGCUCCCAAAUAGAGCGGGAUCAUGAGGGGAGAACCGGCCUUGUGGCAGUGUUCUCUGGACUAUGUUUCCAUCUGAGUCAAGUUUUGUACUUGAAUAAAGCCAUGGCUUGUUGAA